AUGGGACCUUCUGUCACUCUUUCUGUUUUCGUUUGUCAAUUUUUUGUCCUUGUUGAUUUGCUUAAUUUGAAGGGGAUUAAUGGUGGUUGGCUCAAUGCUCAUGCAACCUACUAUGGUGCCAAUCAGAGCCCUGCCACUCUCGGAGGAGCUUGUGGCUAUGACAACACCUUCCAUGCCGGAUUUGGAGUGAACACAGCAGCGGUGAGUGGUGCACUUUUUAGAGGUGGAGUGGCAUGUGGUGCUUGCUACCAAUUAAUGUGCGACUAUAGGGCUGACCCCAAGUGGUGCCUCCGACGUCCCGUUAUCACGGUAACCGCCACCAAUUUCUGCCCUCCAAAUAAUAAUGGAGGGUGGUGCGAUCCUCCUCGGCAGCAUUUUGACAUGUCCAUGCCUGCUUUCUUUCGCAUUGCAAGACAAGGCAAUGAAGGCAUAGUUCCUGUACUCUAUAGAAGGAUAUCGUGCAAAAGAAGAGGAGGAGUUCGUUUCACUUUGAGGGGACAAUCAAACUUCAACCUGGUCGUGAUCUCUAAUGUUGGUGGUAGUGGUGAUAUUAAGGCUGCAUGGGUUAGAGGAUCAAGGACAAGAUCAUGGGUACCCUUGCACAGGAAUUGGGGUGCAAAUUGGCAAAGCACUUUCGAUCUUCGAAGCCAAAAAUUGUCGUUUAAGCUGACUUUAGUUGAUGCACAAACACUGGAAUUUUUCGAUAUUGUUCCUUCAAAUUGGAGGUUUGGACAGACAUUUUCUUCUCAAAAUCAGUUCUCUUGA